AUGCUCCCAACUUUGAGGAAUUCUUUGUUUUGGGCGCUAAGAAGUCGACCUGGCUGCCCUUUAUCUCUACCCCUUUUCCCGUCAACUUUAACUUCUCGUCUCCAGUCAGCCAGCGGCGCAACAAUUUGGACAGCGAGUGCGAUGAAUACCGAGUUAGAACUGGAAAUCAGACCCUAUACCUACACGAGCGGUCGGUGGUUGCGGCGUGAUAAACUGGAGACUGAUUCGCGCUCCAUCCAAUUCAGCUUUGUUGCUCUUUGCCAGAAGGUUAUUGAGCUAUGCCCCGAAGCAAGUGAAAUAAAGGCUUGUCGAAAAAUUGAAGGGGGCUUCAACAGAGUUUUUAUCUUUACCUUGGAUAACGAGAAGAAUAUCGUGGCGAGGCUCCCGUUUCGGUUGGCAGGACCAGCGAAACUGACCACUAUUUCUGAGGUUGCUACAAUUCGCUACUUACAAACGAAGACGAAUAUCCCCGUACCAAGAAUUCUUGAUUACAAUUGCGACGCUAGUGAUGAAACAAAUAUUAUCGGCAGCGAAUAUAUUAUCAUGGAGCAUGCAACAGGCGUUCCUCUCCACGAGAAAUGGCAUAAAAUGGCUGGCGACCAGCAGGUCAGGUGCAUAGAUGCAAUCUACCGGACAAUAAAGGAUAUCACCGUGUUGGAAUUCCCAGCUUUUGGGAGCAUAUACUUCGACGAUUCUCUUGGAUCUGCUAGCAAACAACCCCUAGGUGAUGGCUUUUGUGUUGGACCUCACUGCGGUACUAGAUACUGGGGUACUAAUGUGGGUGAAAGGAGAUAUUAUCAUAAUGCUAAUAGAAACGUUGGCCCAUGGUUGACUAUUGGCGAUUAUUGUGAUGGCCUUGUUGACGCUGGUCUGUCACUAGUUCCUCCAGUGGAUACCGAACCCAAACGACCAAUCUAUCAUGGAUCGCCUGAAACGCACUUAGCUCUUCUCGAGCGUACCCGUCCUGUGCUGAAGCAAAUGGCCGCGAGUGUUCGCAUCAGAAAUUCCGCCGCACCCUUAUUGUUCCACCCGGACCUGCAUACGAGGAAUAUAUUUGUUUCGGAUGACAAUCCUUCUGUUAUCACUAGCAUUAUUGAUUGGCAAUCAGCUAGUAUCGAGCCAGCGUUUUGGUACGCAGACGAGGUCCCGGACUUCGCAGAAGGAAAUGAGAUAUGCGCCAAAGCUUUUGAUCUCUCUUCGCAGUUUCUCACACCAAAACUUGCAGGCCCAAGGCUGAUGAAUGACAACAUUUUUCGCCCGUUCCGUUACUGUUAUAGAACAUGGAAAGAUGGUGCAGUGGCCUUACGUCACGAGAUGAUUGAGACUGCGAGGCAUUGGAACGAGUUAGGAUUUGAAGGUCAAUGUCUUUAUCCUUUACCCACGCGAGAAGAAUUUGAGAAACACGAGAAAGAGUACAGGCUUUUCGAGGCGGCACAGAAUCUGCGAACCGAUUUGUCAAGCCUCCUAAAUACAGCCUCAGACGGAUGGGUACCGCCAGAUGGUUGGGAAGCGGCACAAUCAGCCCAGAACGAACUCUUUGAUGGAAUGUUGCAGGCUGUUUUGACGAACGCAGAUUCAGACAAUGAUGAGCCGGUAAGAGAUGAAAUGACACUGAGGUCAAUCUGGCCAUUUGACCUUGAUAAGUGA